AUGUUCUAAACAACCAGCAGUAUAAAUUCUUAGCAAUCUCCAAAUAGAUUUAAGUUCAAGUCUAAAGUUAGGUAUAGAAUAUGAAUGAGUUUAGUUUUUUCAAUGACAAUAUGGUACCUGCCACCACAACUAAGAUUACAAUGCAAUACAAAGAAUUAUUAAGAAAUAUGUUGGCAUCAUUAUAAGAGAAAGCCUCAUUUGCUAAUCUAAGUGAGUUUGAUUCGUUGAAGUCAAAUCAAAUGGCAGUUUCAAUAUAGAGUUGUUAUAAUCCAAAGUUCAAGAGCACUGGUGUAGAUGAGACAAAAGAAGCAUUUUAUGAUCUUCUGGAUGAAAUAAAACAAACAAUAAAUAGAAAGUAUUAGUUUUCGAAAUAUAUAACUUAGAUAUCCAUUCAUUAAGUUGUUUCGUUAAUAAAUCAAUCAUCCUGAUCACUAUUUAUAGAUUCAACUAUUCUAACCAGAUGUUCAUGCAGUUGUUUUGUAUUCCCGUCAAUUUUCAAAAGAAUAAAUCACACCUAAGUUGAUUGGAGAUUUAGUAUGGCUGCAUUUAAAGAAAUUUAAUUUAACAGUUAAUGUUGAUUGUCCAAUCAAACAUGUGGUUCCAGUUUGUGAAGAUGGAAUGCAAAAAAGCAUUUUGGAAGGACUUUAAGUGACUGUCCGUUAGAGAGAAGCACCUACUUUGUAAUCAGCUUAAACUCCAACAAAGUAGAUUGUAAUAAGGACUUCAUUUUGUUAAUAAGCAAGUAGUGGUUAGAAGAGUGCGUCUAAAUUAGAUAUUUACAAAAGCACAGAAAAUAUUCGAGAUAUGGAAAAGUCAGUAAGAGUUUACUUUUCGCCUACAAAAUCUCAGGCAUGGAUGACUUAAACUAAUGUUUCAUAAAUUGAUCUUUCUGGUUCAAAACAGAAAGUAUAAUCACCUGAAAAGAAAUUCACUGUUAAAUUAUUUUCUUAGACAAUUCCAAUCACUUGUUUUGAAGAAGCUAAAUUUAUUGAUUUAGUUUAGUAAACAAACUAAUAUGAAAUAGAAAUAAGUGGGAAUUGCAUACAAACAACUAAAUCAUAACUAAAUGUAGAUGAAUUACUCGAUGAGAACACCGACACUGUUUAUGUGUCUACAAGAGUGGAAAGAACAGAUCUUAUUAAAUGCAUGGUCAAAGCUCCUGAAGAUGCUACUAUUAAUAUUACUAAGAACAUAACUGAAACAUUAACCUAUGAUGCUAAUGAAUAGGCAUUUAUAUUUUAUGGAAGAGACAAGUAAGAAUAUGUUAUUGAUGUUUCAAAAAAGGAUUGCUUUUCCUAAAAGAGGACGAUCUUUUUAUAAGGAAAUACAGAUGUGAAAAUUGUAUUCGAUUUAGUAAGUUGUGUAGAAACUACUCUUUAAUUUAGAGUUUACAAUAUUCUACUAAAAAGUGGACAACAUAAAGACAUUGAAAAUUGUAGAUUGGAAGUGUUCUAAUCCGAUUAAGCUGAUUAAGAACCUAUUAUUGGUAUAACAAAUGAAUAGGGAUUGUUUAAUUGUCCAGGAUUGAUGUUCAAGUAAGUUAGAGUCCAUGCCUAACGAAAAGGAUUCUUAUAAGUUUCCUAUGAUUUUGAUGUUUUAGCCAAUUCAACUGGUUAAAUACUUAAUAUCCCAAUGAUACCUGAUUACUACAGUCUUAUUAAUCAAUAUCAUAUCCUAAUUUAUGUUCCCAAUAAAAAUAACUUUUAACUUGACUACUCAAUGAUAUGUCCAGGUAUAAUUAAUAUUAUAAAUAUUAGAUGGUGUCAAAAUUGAUUCUAAGAAUAGAUCACAUAAUGUAGUGAAAUCCAAAUUAGAAAUUAAUAGAAUUAACCAAUCAACUAUGCUAUGGAAUUUCUCUGUUCAUGUUUAAUCAUUAGAUCCUUUUUUGUCCGAUAAUUGUUACUAAUUUUUUAUUAAUAACCAAAAACCUAAAAGAAAAUUGUUAUGUUAAGAGCCGUUAUCACCAUAAUGCAAAGAAAAUAAUGGCACCACAUCAAGCAAGGCCUCAUGUUUUAAGACUGUAAAUCUAAAUGACAUGUUCUUAAAAACGAGAGUCAUGUAGACUGAGAUCAAAACCUUUGUCAGACAAGAAAGCGAUGUUAUUGCAUAGAAGAUCAACAAUUUCUGUGCUGAAGAUUCUGUCAGAAUAUUUGUUACUUUUGGACACAAAGUUUUGGAAACCUUCAUGAUUCAAACCAAUUUACUUAUGCAAAAUGAAAAAUGUUUUGGAGUCAUUGAUUGUAAUUAUCAAGUUAAUAUUUUCUAGUGGAUAAAAGACUGUUUAUCAGAGAUAAUGACACCACUUAACAAAAUAUUAAGAGAAAUCUAUCCAAAAUGCCAACUUUCAAAAAAGACAUGAAAAAUGCAAAUGAGGAUCGCACUAUGACUACUAUUUUAUCCCAUAUUACCAAUCAAAGGUUUUAGGAAUGAC